AUUGAAACCAACUGACCGAAAUGACGAGUUGUUAUAUAUAUUACCGAGUAAAUAUCCUAAAGCAUUUAUUGUUCACCGUCAAACAAACAGUCCAGCAAAAUCCUUAAAGAUUACAAAAUGAUAGUAAAUGGAUGGCGUCUUAAUGCUUACUGGCAAGACAUUGGGCAGACUCCAUAGGCACACUUAUCGGGGUUUCGUAUGAGAGGCCAUAGUACCACAAAAUUCGACCCAAGCAAUCUCGUGGCCUUAUAAACUUCUGUGUGGUUUAAUGAGUAAUCAUUUGCAGUCGGGGCAUCAUGAUUGCAUCAGCACUGACGGUCAGAUUUAUAACGAGGCGGUUUAUUUGGGAAUAUGAUCCAACUUUAGAAAUGACGUACAGACACAGGACAUUCUUCGCUAGCGAAAUGACACCGGUUGAUUUUGAAAUAUUGGACACCGCAGGCCAGGAGAACAAGACAGAAGACAAGAUCAAAUGGGCAGACGCUUAUAUCAUUGUGUACUCUAUCAAUGAUAGAUGUAGUUUUAACGAAGUAAUGCGCUCUAAAUUCUUAAUCACACGAGCUCGGAAAAACGCAGCACACGACCCAGCAAUAUUGAUCAUAGGAAAUAAAUCUGAUUUAGAAAGAGAUAGACUCGUGGAUAGAAGCGAAGGAGAACAGCUUGCGAAUGCUUUAGGUUGUGGGUUCAAUGAAUUAUCAGUAUGCGAAUCGUUCGAGGAUGUGCAUAAUGCAUUUGAGAAACUUUACAUCGAUUAUAAAUGUAAAAAGAAGUUGACCACCCCACCGAUAUUUGCACGGCGGAGGAAAUUAAGCGCUCCAAAGCAGGACACUAUGAUUGAGACGCCAAAACCGCGACAACGUAGUACAAGUUUUUUUAGUCUAAGCACCGGCCUUAAUGUAAGUAGACCGGCUAGUCUUGAUGAGCCUAGUAGCGAGCAUUCGGACGCUGAAGACGAGUCAGAGGCAAAUUUAUCAUUUAUAUAAAAUCAACUCUCGACUUUAAAACAGAACGAAGGAAAUGAACUGUUAUUCACCGACUACCUUUAAUAUUUUGUAAAUAAUGUACUUUUUUAAUUGAAUUCACCCCAAACAAGGGCUGGAAAUCAUUUCUAGGUGAGAAGUUGGAAGGGUGGGUGGGGGCAGGGAGGUACUUAUAUUCCAUGGAAUGCUUCCACAUAGGGCUGGAAAACAUAGGGUGAACCAUUUCACAGCCCGUCAACACUGCACACUGGAGUAUGAUAUCUAAGUAUAGCAAAUGGAUCACACAUUCAGUAACCAGAGUGGAAAACCUGCGCCAAUAGAUAAGUUUUAUCCAUUUAUCAUUAUGUUUGUUAUUUAUAUAGAGACUAUGUUCUGUUAAGGCUUAUGAUGUCUAAUUUGUUAAGUAUGACACGUGUAUCAGUUUAUGUGCAAUUCUAAAAAAAGAACAAUUUUGUACUAUACUAUGUUUUAUAGGCCUAGGCCUACGUGAUUUUUUUAAUCAGAUUUGUACCAUAUUCUUAUACCUAAAUUUGUAUACGAGUUUAUUAUUGAUUUGAUUGUAAUCCUAUUUCUUUUGUUUUCCCUUGUUAUUACUAUAGGCAGUGCUUUGUUCAUUGUCUUAAAAUGUAUAUUUUGUUUGUUUCAGAGGCUUUACGAUACCAAGGCUGUGCCUUGUGAGAAGCCUCUGCGUUAAAUAUUACAUUAAAAUAUAUCUUUAUUGAUACAAGCACUUAUUUCAUUUCUUUAGGCACGAGCGCCAAGGAUAUGCCAAUAAGUGAACUUAAUCACUUGUUCUACGUGGCAUAUCCAUGUAU